AAUUUUUCGUAAUGAAAACUUAGGGAAAAAAAUCCACUUUCUAUAAAUACCAAAUUGGAGUUUAAAUUAGAUAGAAAAGAAGAAAAGCCAAGGCAACAAUGGCGAAAAAGGAAAUUGGCACACAUGCCAAGAACAGUUCUACUGGUCUUCUUCGUUCUCAAGUUAUGAUUUUUUGUUCAAAAACUCUCUAAAUCUCUCCUUUUUCCCUUUCUCUUCUGACUGAUUCAUAUCAAUUUUAACGCCAAUGAUCACUCUGGCUUCUACUUAUUAUUCAUCAUCUUCCUUCAAGGAUCUUCGUCUCUUCAAACCCUCUUCCACAUUCUCCCCAUCACUCUCCAAUCUCAAACCCUUAAAUCCUUUCCUCAAACCACCUUCCAAUCAGACCAGGUUCGGUAAUGGGAUUUGUAGGGCAGAAUUGGGUAACGAUGCACCUUUCGCCAUUGCAAUCGGUGCCUGUUUUCUCACUUCUCUUGUUGUUCCGGCAGCUGAUCGUGCUUCCGAUGAUGAGAGCGAUGCCGUCAUUGAUUCCACCGAUACUAGGCUUGCUGUCAUGGGCAUCAUUAGCUUUAUUCCUUACUUCAAUUGGCUGAGUUGGGUUUUCGCUUGGCUUGAUUCUGGAAGAAGACUUUAUGCUGUGUAUGCAAUCGUGUAUUUGGCUCCUUACUUAAGGUCAAACUUAUCGUUGUCACCCGAAGAGAGCUGGCUUCCUAUUGUCAGUAUACUUCUCUGCAUUAUUCACAUCCAGCUUGAAGCGAGCAUUACAAAUGGAGAUAUUCAACCUUUGCAAAUAUUUGGGAAAGCUUCAAAGCAAAUUUCUUCAACCAAGAAAGGGAGAGACCAAUUCAAGGGAUCCCAAGGAUCAUACAAAGAGAGCGAAAAGAAAGAGGACAGGAAGCUGCCGUCAGCAGAAGAACGAUUUCGAGAUAAGAUCAGUAGAUUGGGAGAUUCUAAAGAGACAGAUCAUGAACAAAUAAAUGAAGAAUGGGAUGAUGAUCAAAGGAGAAAGCAUUAGGUUAUAUGUUCUAACUUUACUCUGCUUGUGGUAUACUAAAAUUGGAGGAUACAGAAAAUCAAAGUUGUAGCAUUAACAUUACUUUUCCCUUCAAAUCUCGAGUCAGUUGCUACCAUUUUCAUGGGACCUUGAGUAUUCUUAGAACUGCUGGAGUUGUAUUGCUAAGCUGAGGUUGCUGAAUGCUAUUAUUUUACUUCUCUUUUAUCAGAAACAUAAGUUUAUUAUUGAAA